UAUUUUACCCAAGAAAACCUCUGUUCCAGUCUCAGCUGCAUCUGCUAUCCGCUCACCUCUCGCCGCCUCCACCAUACGCCGUUGAAGCUCUCCGACAAACGGCUUUGUCUAUUCGACCUGAAGGUUCAGAUCAUCAUCAUCAUCAUCAUCAUCAUCAUCAUCAUCAAAGUGUAAGUAAAGAUGGGGAGAAAAGCUGGUGAGCUGCAUAUAAACGCAAAGAAGUUUGGUGGACUUUCAAAACCAUGUAUGAAGGAUAUGAUUACAUUUCUUGGGUGUUUGUCACUUAAUCAUAACUCUGAUGAAAAAUGCACUCGUCAACGCCAACUACUAGACACCUGUUUGGAAUCACAGAGUGGCAAAAAAAGAAAACCUUGGGGAACCCUCAAUUAUCACUUGCAGAGGCUCAACAGAGGGAGGAAGUAGUAGUAAUUACCAAUUUUGGUUUAAACUUUAAAGCAUUGCAGACUACAGAGAUUAGAUUAUUUUCAGGCGCAGCGCAUGUUUGUUAACUUACUUUUAUUUAUGCUCUAAUUACCGAUUUUGAUUGAUUAUUAUAAAUGGGUA